ACUCAAAGCUCUCCCCGACUGACGACAACAAAGGGCAAAAUCGCCAACACCAGUGCCUGAAUUUGUUGUUGUUUUGCCAGACUUUUGCUAAUCUACAAUUCGGCCCCCGUUAUUGUUGGUAGAGAGUCUGAGCGCCUUCUAUAGCUCCCUGCGACUCUCUUCUGCCGACUGUUUUUCUUGACCUUGCGACAAGCAUCGAAUCCCCACGCGACGCCGACAUUCGACACUUUGAGCACUGUUAUGUUCUCGUCAACGAAUCGGCCUGCGGGCCAGUCGGUCUUUGGACCUAGUUCGACUAGCCUGUUUGGACCAGCGCUCGGCACCUCGACCAACCCACAGCAACAACAACAACAGCUUCAGCAGCAGCAACAGCAGCAACAGCAGCAACAACAACAACUGCAGCAACAACAGCAGCAACAGCAGCAGCUCAAUCCCAACCCACAACCGGGCGGUUCGUUAUGGCAACCCAACAGCCACACAAGCUAUCAGAAGCCGAUCCCCGAACAGAUGAAGCUCAUCACCGAAAAAUGGGACCCUAGCAACCCCAACUGCGCCUUCAAGGCCUACCUCUACAACAAGGUGGACGAGCACACGGUGCCGCUGUACGGGCCGGGCCCCAACGAGGACCCGAAGGAGUGGGAGGAGGCGCUGCAGCACAAGCCGGCGCCCAACUACAUCCCCGUGCUGUGCGCGGGGUUCCCGUCCAUCAUCGCGCGGGUGACGCUGCAGCGGCGGGUGAUUGUCGAGUUCAACAACAAGCUGCACGCCAUCAACGCGAGCCUGGACGCGAUCCUGUCGCGGCACGACCUCGAGCACACGGUGCGGGCCUUCAACGCGCGCCGCCGCCACGCCGAGCUGAGCCGCCGCUGCCUGGUGCUCGCGUCGCGCGUCCAGGUGCUGCGCAACCGCGGCUACGCCCUCAGCGGCGACGAGGACGAGCUCAAGCAGAAGCUCGCCAAGAUCGACAAGAGCAUCCAGGACCCGGCCCUGAGCGCGCGCAUGGAGGAGCUGUGGAGCCGCUUGAUCAUCCUCAGGGGGUAUGCGGACAAUCUCAAGGAUGAGAUCAACAAGCCCGGGUUUGGGGACGGUGACGGGCUGGGUGAGGAGAUUGAGGCCAAGGCGAAGAAGAUUCUCGAGGAUUACGACAAGCAGCUGCAGCAUCUCAAGACGCAGGUCGAGGAGGCCAAGAAGGACUUUGACGCGUGGGAGACCCAACAUAACCCGACGCCGGCACCGGCUAAGAAGGCAACGCAAUAGGGCGGGGUCUGGCUUCAGGAAUGAUACCCAGGAGGAUUUGCGCUGUAAUGUUAGUUGAGGUUUUGUAGCACCUCGCAAGGGCGGGUAGAAAGUUCUGUUGGUGUCGGUAUCAAUCACGGUUGCAUUGGUUGGCGU